AUGCGGCUUCUGCUGUCUCUCUUUCUUUUGGUGGCCGUGUCCUGGAUAAUCCUUGACACGGUGGAUGCCAGUGGGGCAAUUCGGCAAAAAAGACAGUACUACGGCUAUGGAUACUACGGUGGGUACGGUGGAUACGGAGGAUACUACGGAUGUGGAUGUGCAACUUAUGCACCUUGUCCUCAUGGCAAUUAUGGUAGUUGGGGUGGUUACGGUGGUUAUGGAUACGGUGGCUAUGGCGGAUAUGGCGGCUACGGAGGUUAUGGUUACAAGAAGUAA